UGUAUGUGUAUGUAUGUAGAGUACUGUGCAAAAGUCUGAGGCAUCUGUAUAACAUUCUGUUCAGUAAGAUUCUUUCAAAAAUAAUUAAAUGAAAGGUUCUAAAUAAACGCACUAUACAUUUUACAUUACAUUUUUGUAAUUUGCCAGAAUAGUUAAAAACUUAAUAAAAUCAAUAUUUUUUGUGACCACCCUUCGGCGUUAAAACUGCAUCACUUCUCUGAGAUCAACGCUGUCCUGCAGUUCUAUAAGACAAUCAGCAGGGAGGUUGUUCCAAGCAUGUUGGAGAACUUGCCACAGUUCUUCUGCAGACUUUGGUUGGCUCCUUGCUAAGACUUAUGCACUGUGUGUGUGUGUGUGUGUGUUUGUGUGUUUAUGUGUAUAUGUGUAGGGGGGUAUGUGUAUGUUUGUUGACGUUGUGGUGCCUCGGGGUGGAUCCUGAGGUGUAGUGGGUGAUGUAUAAAUGCAUAGUGUGGUGCCUCGGGGUGGAUCCUGAGGUGUAGUGGGUGAUGUAUAAAUGCAUAGUGUGGUGCCUCGGGGUGGAUCCUGAGGUGUAGUGGGUGAUGUAUAAAUGCAUAGUGUGGUGCCUCGGGGUGGAUCCUGAGGUGUAGUGGGUGAUGUAUAAAUGCAUAGUGUGGUGCCUCGGGGUGGAUCCUGAGGUGUAGUGGGUGAUGUAUAAAUGCAUAGUGUGGUGCCUCGGGGUGGAUCCUGAGGUGUAGUGGAUGAUGUAUAAAUGCAUAGUGUGGUGCCUCAGGGUGGAUCCUGAGGUGUAGUGGGUGAUGUAUAAAUGCAUAGUGUGGUGCCUCGGGGUGGAUCCUGAGGUGUAGUGGGUGAUGUAUAAAUGCAUAGUGUGGUGCCUCAGGGUGGAUCCUGAGGUGUAGUGGGUGAUGUAUAAAUGCAUAGUGUGGUGCCUCGGGGUGGAUCCUGAGGUGUAGUGGGUGAUGUAUAAAUGCAUAGUGUGGUGUCAAACUGGAAACCAGACACGGGAGUCAGAAGUUAUCAGGAAAAAUUAAUCUUUUUAUCUUUUUCGGGGUAUUGGUGAUAGUACCCCCCCUCAGGGCAAGGGUAGGGAAAAACGGGAGAAAUAAAAGGGGCCGUUCAGGCAAAAUCAACUCAAGUUCUUCCUGGACCGGAGUAUGCUCCAGAACCUCCUUCCUUCUUCCCUCUUGGGCCAUGUCAGGGCUGGGGUGAAGCACAGAGGUACAGGGUAAGUACGAUUGGGGUUUUAUUAGGCUCACGUGUCCGGCGUCAGACUCCGGGUCUUUGGGUUUGCCGUUGGGGGAGGUGGGGUCUCCUUCAGGGGCGGUUUGUGGGGUCGGUAUGGCAGGGCGUAGACGUUCCGUCCUCUAUCCAGUUCGGAGCUGGCUCUUCCUCUCUCUUGUCUCUCCCUCUUUUAGGAUAGGCGCCAACUGACUCUGUUUGUAGCCUCGACCGCGCCUUAAAUCUCUUCCCCUGCUCAUAAGAGAAAAGGGCUGCAGCUGGGUUAGAAACGAGUUAUCAACCAUAUUUUCUGAAGAAAUUUCUGUUUAAUGGCAGUACAAGUAUGUGAUGUCGGCAUAUUUGAACGUAAACUUAACAAAAUGCUUAAGAAUAAAGGCAUGUAUUAGAGAUUAAUUUAACAUUUUAAAAUGCACCAGAAGCCUCCAAAUUGCAUCAGAAAAUUUUAUUUUUGGCCAACUACUUACAUUUUGGGGAACACUGUCAAUGUUUUGUAAGGUGUGUGACACACACAGCUCUGUUAGUUUAUGUGAAUGUGCUGUAAGGUGUGUGACGCACACAGCUCUGUUAGUUUAUGUGAAUGUGCUGUAAGGUGUGUGGCACACACAGCUCUGUUAGUUUAUGUGAAUGUGCUGUAAGGUGUGUGACACACACAGCUCUGUUAGUUUAUGUGAAUGUGCUGUAAGGUGUGUGACACACAGCUCUGUUAGUUUAUGUGAAUGUGCUGUAAGGUGUGUGACACACACAGCUCUGUUAGUUUAUGUGAAUGUGCUGUAAGGUGUGUGUGUUCUUCUCUCUGCAGGCUGUCAGGCUGUAGAGUCACACAGAGAGGCUGUGAUUCUCUGGCUUCAGCUCUGUGUUCAAACCCCUCACACCUGAGAGAGCUGGACCUGAGAUACAAUCACCCAGGAGACUCAGGAGUGAGAGCGCUGUCUGCUGCUAAACUGGACACACUCACACUGCUUGUGGAACAUGGAGGAGAGAACAGGAUCAAACCAGGACCCAGGAAAUACGGCUGUCGGCUCACACUGGAUCCAAACACAGCGCACAGAAGGCUGUCUCUGUCUGAGGGGAACAGGAAGGUGACACACACACCGGGGAGAGAGGAGCCAUAUCCUGAUCAUCCAGAGAGAUUUGAGUCUGAGCCCCAGGUUCUGUGCAGAGAGAGUGUGUGUGAGCGCUGUUACUGGGAGGCUGAGUGGAGUGUGUCUGAGGGGGGAGAGGUUUAUAUAGCAGUGACAUAUAAAGGAAUCAGCAGGAAAGAACGGGGUGAUGACUGUGUGUUUGGAUGGAAUAAAAACUCCUGGAGUCUGAGGUGCGAUAAACACAGUUACUCUGUCUGGCACAAUAAUAACUCCACACCCCUACCUGCCCCCUCCCCCUACCACAGAGCAGGAGUGUGUGAUGAUGGUGCUGGUGCAGGAGUGUGUGUGUACAGGGUAGGAGUGUGUGUGGACCGUCCGGCUGGCACUCUGUCCUUCUACAGCGUCUCUGACUCUGACACACUGACCCUCCUGCACACAUUCCACACACACUUCACUCAACACACACCCCUCUGUGCUGGGUUUUAUGUGUGGUGGGAGGGCUCAGUGUCCCUCUGCCAACUGGAGUAGAGACACACACACCCCUCCACCCCACACACACACACACUGUGGCACCCCACGGGGAGAGAGAGGCAGAGAGAGCAGGAAUAAGUGUGUCCAAAAUUACAUUUUAAUUUGAAUAAAUACACACACAUUUUAAUAAAUUUAAAUAAAAAACAGGAAAAAAAAUCACAGGCCAAAAAAUUAGGUACACCUAGGUUAGGCCCUCUCUGAAUUACGUGGCUCUGUCAGCCCGUCUGUAUCUGGGGCGGUCCGUCCUAUCCGCGCCUUUCCUGGCACGGAGAUCCACGUCCCCGCUUUGUCGCCCGGUUCUGCGUCGUUGGCUGUUUCUCGUGCGUGCUGGCUCCGCAUCCGUCUCCCUUACUGCUCAGCCCCGUUCUGUGGUUGUGCCCGGCCUUUUGUAGGGCUCCUCUCUCUCUCUCUCCAACUCGUCCCAGCUGCGCCUGUCCAAUCAGAGCCUUAGAGUUCACUGCCCACAUUCCCCACGCGCCUUUCCUCCGGUGCUGCUGGCCUUGGUGCUGAUCCUCCACCGGCUCUCUCCACGGUGCUGACCUGUCAAGAUACCAAUUCAGGAAAUAAACGUUGUGAAGUAUUUUCCCCAGCAUUUGGCGUUGGCACACGUGUCGUCUCUCUCCCGUGGUGUACUGAUUCCCGAUCGGGCCGCCACAACACACACACACUCAUACACACACACACACACACACACACACACACACACACUCACACACACUCACACACA